CCGCCCGCCGGGCUAUUUAAAUUCAUUGCACCCACCCUCGAUACCCUUUGAGCAAUACCCUCCAGAUGACGGGCCCAGAGACGGUGGGGGGGGUGAACUGCCCACGCAGAUGUACCCCUGCUGAUGCGUCCUCGGCCGCGCCCCCAUUGACGGAGGUGAAGCAGGAGGUGUCGGCGCCCUCUUCUUCAGCAUUGAAGAAGAAACGCCUUCCCUGGGCAGCGUCACCGCCCCACUUCACGCCAACGAGGGGCGCGGCGAAGAAGCUUGAGGUGAGGAAGGAGAAGAAUUCGACAGCGCCGGCGCCAGCAGGGACCUCUUCCAGGACGUUGGCGCCACCAGUGGAGAAGUGCAUCCACUCCACCGUGGGCAACGAGAACAGCUACCGUCCAUGCCUCCACACAACAUAUACCUGCGCCGAAACCUUGGAGAACAAGCCAGAAGAUGAGAACAAGCCAGAAGAUGAGGAUGGUGACCACCUAACCCCGCUCAGCACUGGGAGCAAUGUCGGUAGGAGCAGCGGCAGCGCACGCUGCACUGGAUCCUACCCGAACGAGAAGUCAAUGAGCCCAGAAGAAGUUACGUCCAUUGACAAGAGAAUAAAAGAACUUCUGGAGAUUAUGCAGAGCAGCUGGGAAUCUAGGCAGGAAUUUCUCCAUCGUAAGCAGAAGAAACUGGAAAGCAGGAUUGAGCAAGUGCAGCAGAUGGCUAGGGCGUGUGGUGCAAGUGAACAAACCGAUUUGUGGCCAUAUGUGAUGGAUAUCGCCUGUUCCAAAAGUGCGACCAAGUUCUUCAUGGCGUCCGACCCGGCUGGAAGGUUGAAACUCGUUAAGCACUAUGCCGAGUUCGAGGAUUUUGGUGGAUCACAGCCACGUGGCAUCCGACGCAAACCACUCCUAAAGAGGGAUGCAGAACUUGAUGAGGUUGUUUCUGAAGAUGAAUGGGAGGACCAAUUUUUUAAACUGGUCCUAGAUAAAAUUAACAAUGCAGUUGGUUUCAGCCACGGUACUUCAUGUAGGGAAGUACCACCUGGUGGACCGGUCCGGUUACCUUACUCAAAAGGGAAGCAAGUAUCAUCUUCAAGACCUCCAAAACGCAGCAAAAGCACAUCGUAGAAAGGAGAUAUUCAACUAUGCUCAUUCGUAAUCGCAUAGAAAUGUCAUCGAAAGGGCCUGCCACCAUGUUUUUCUGCGCCUACUAUUGCCCUUGGGCUAAUGAAUAAGUCUUGACAAACGUGUGAGUCAAAGUAUGCAUGCUUUAUGUAGAUGUUGUAAUAUUUUUCAGCUUUGUAUGUUUGAGGACAUUUAUUUUUACUCGUUGAGGACAUGUAAUGAUUUUUUGAAUGGUUCCAUGAUGUUUUUAGCACCAUUUGCACUGAAUAAAAUAUUGAGUUGAUUA